AUGGAGGUCACUGCUCUCCACAUCAAACUGUAUGCAUCUUUUCCUCGCGUCGUUCCCAACAGCCUUCAGCACUUUGAAUACCAGCCCAUCUCAUUUCACUGUGAGGGGUUUGAUGGGGAAGUCGGGGGGAGAGUGAUGAGUAAGACCCAAAGUAAAAACGCCACAUGUGGUACUACUAAAUGGCGAAGCUCGGACGGAUCCCUCUGCAUCAUCAGAAAUGUUUACAAAGAAGACAGUGGAGAGUACUGGUGUGAGACAGGAGACGGGAAGAAAAGCAACACCGUCAACAUCACUGUUACAGCUGGGUCUGUGAUACUGGAGAGUCCUGUCCUUCCUGUGAUGGAGGGAGAUGCUGUGACUCUACGCUGCAGACACAAGUCAGAUUCAACCAACCUCUCGUCUUCCUUCUAUAAAAAUGGCUGCCUCAUCAAGCGCGUCUCAGUUGACAACAUGACCAUCUCCAGUUUCUCCAGGUCUGAUGAAGGACUCUACAAGUGCAGCGUCUCUGGAGCUGGAGAAUCAGCAGAGAGCUGGCUGACUGUCAGAGAGUAUCACAGAGAGACUAUCCACAUUUGCUCCGAUCAACUUCCUGUUCUCCUCUACCUCCUCAUAAGGAUGGUUGGCAGCGCUUUAUGGACGGCUCUGCUGCUGCUGGUGUUGAGAAAACGUCACUGUGGGAAACAGGUGUAA